CCUUCGAGUUGGGCCAACCACCGCCCCCGGAAAUCAUGGAGAGCAUGGAUGUGGAAAAGGCGGUCUACGACGACAUGAACCUGUACAUCACCCCGGAGAGCUUCAUCAUCGAGCCCAACGGGGGGGCGGAGGUGCUGGUAAUCGGACGCCACGACAAGGUCACCCGGGUUCAGCCGGCGGGCGGAGGUCAGCUGGCCAAUCUGCGGCCCACCAGGCGGAUUUGCGGCGUCCUCGGCACCAUUCACCUGCUGAGCUGCGACUACCUGCUGGUGGCCACCCACCGCCUGUUCGUGGGCGUGCUCAAUGGCUCGGUGGUCUGGAGAUUAGCCGGCUACGACAUCAUUCCCUACAUUCCCAAUGCCAUUCAGCGCAAGGAGAAUGAGACGUAUCUGAGGCUUCUCCGCCAGACACUGGACACCAAGUUCUUCUACUUCUCCUACCGCUAUGAUCUUACAAACUCCCUGCAAAGGCAGCGCGAGGUGGCCGCCCAAUCCCGGCCAGAAACGGCUCUUGGUUUACUGCAACGUGCGGAGCAGCGUUUCGUCUGGAACGGCUAUGUUUUGCGGCAGUUUAACUGCGACAAGAUGGACAAGUUCCAGUUGCCUUUGGUCCUGGGCUUUGUGUCCAUCAACCAGGUGCAGAUCAACGGGCAGACCUUCUUCUGGAGCAUCGUCACCAGGCGAUCGGUGCAGCGAGCGGGCACGAGACUGUUUUGCAGGGGAAGCGAUGAGCAGGGACAUGUGGCCAACUUUGUGGAGACCGAGCAGAUAGUGGAGUUCAAUGGGCAGCUCACGGGCUUUGUCCAAACCCGAGGCAGCAUGCCCUUCCACUGGCACCAGCUGCCCAAUCUGAGGUACAAACCGCGACCUGUUUUAGUGCCCGGCAAGGAUCACCUGGCCGCCUGCACUCAGCACUUCAAUGAGCAAAUCAAGCUGUAUGGCAACAAUGUGGCUGUGAAUCUGGUGGAUCACAAGGGCGCCGAGGGAGAACUGGAGCAGACGUACGCCCGCUUGGUGCGCGAAAUGGGCAACCAGCGGGUGCGCUACGAGUCCUUCGACUUCCACAGCGAGUGCAGAAAGAUGCGCUGGGAUCGGCUGAACAUACUCAUCGAUCGUCUGGCCUACGAGCAGAAUCAGUUUGGCGUUUAUCACGUUUUCGAUGAUGGAAAACUGGUGUCCACGCAGACGGGCGUCUUCCGAACGAACUGCAUUGACUGCCUGGAUCGAACGAAUGUGGUGCAGAGCAUGCUGGCCAGGAGAUCCCUGACUGGGGUGCUCCAGAAGCUGGGAGUGCUGCAUGUCGGCCAGCAGGUGGAGUCAGCUUCGGCGAAUUUCGAGCGGACUUUCAAGGGCGUCUGGGCGGACAAUGCGGAUCUGGUGUCGCUGCAAUAUUCCGGCACCUGUGCGCUAAAGACGGACUUCACCAGGACGGGCAAGCGAACCAAGGCGGGUGCCCUGCAGGAUGGCAAGAACUCCCUGAUGCGCUACUAUCUAAACAACUUUGCCGAUGGCCAGCGACAGGAUAGCAUCGAUUUGUUCUUAGGAAAGUAUCUAAUCAACGACAACGAAGGUGGCGCCGUGCCUUCACCAUUAGAUUCAAAGCGCGGCUGGCGCUUUUUCACCUUCCCCUCUGUGCUGCUGAUGGCCGUGGCCAUGUUCAUGAUCACCAUGACCUAUCCGUCGGAGUUCAACACGGAGAACCUGCUGUUCAUGCUCUUCUGGGGCGCCAUGAUCGCCGUCAGCGCCACGGGCAUCCUGCACUACGGCGUCGAGUUUGUCCAGUGGCCGCGGCUUUUUCCGCCCAUCUCCUUUCGCGAGCCAUGACAUUAGUGUCGUCUAGCUGAGGGGCUACCUAUGCAGCUUAAAUUAUAAACCAAUUCCUGUAAUCGAUUUGAAUUCCCCUCAAUUAUCUGUUUGUUUUCUUUGUUUAGUUGUAAAUUGCCAGAGCCCAAAGUCCAUUCCUUUCUGCCACAUUUCUUAGUUAUUAUCACAUACAAAGAACACUUAGGCGAGCUUCGAGGCGGCUUGAAAGGGAAAUGGAUGGGUUUUCGGAUGGGAUUGUCAAGACGCCGCUUAUUAACUGCGAUUAACUGCAAUGUAGAUCAAUCACUUUUGUAGAAACAUUUUAAUGACAUUAAAUAAAGUAUUUUACGCAUUGCUAGAAAACCUCGA